GAUGCGACCCAACCCAACCCGACGGAGCCUCGGUACGGCGUCGUUUGUGCUGCAUGCGAGCGUUAUUUUGACCCGCGACCGAGUCCACAGCUGAUAGCGCGGCCGCGAACGUCGCAGUAGGUGAUAGCGCGUAGCACCAUCACGACGAACAUGAAUUUGACGCCCAGGAGAUCGUACAAGGAGAAACGUACGUUCGAACAGCGAUCAGUUAGUGCGGAGGAAAUCAGAAAGCUACACCCGAAUAAAAUCCCGAUUAUCGUGGAGCGUUACAAACUGGAGAAUCAGCUGCCACUUUUGGACAAGAGUAAAUUUCUGGUGCCCGACUUUCUGACUGUGGCGGAAUUUUGCAAGAUAAUCAGACGUCGGCUGCAGCUGAAUCCGACGCAGGCCAUUUUUCUACUGGUGAAUCAGAAAAGUAUGGUGAGCGGAAGUCUGACCAUGGCUGAGCUCUAUCAAAACGAGAAGGACCCGGACGGGUUCCUGUACGUUGUAUUUGCUAGUCAGGACGUAUUUGGCGAUCAUUAACCGGAGCGAGAUAACUUUAAACCAAGUAAGAACGAAAUACCUCCUCGGCACUUAACGAUACUUUGAUAGAUGUUUACGUGGAAUUUUGUGGGGAUUCUAGAUCUGCUAGCAACUCUGUCUGCCUUUAAUUGAAAUGUGCAGAAUCUUUGUGAUCAACUUACCGUACCUGCUGAAAUAAUUAACAGAAACGAUCGUAUGAUUUGUUUUUCGGAACGACCUGUGUAUAAAAUCAUUACGGUGCUUUCUAUCCCAUUGACAUACGGACAAAUUACAAUUCGAUAUAAGUUAGUAUAACUACUUAGUUUAGUGACGAUGAAUUUUACUAUUAAUUUUAGCGGUGAUAGGCUAUAUAAAAUGAUAAUAAGAUAAUGUAAUCUAUCGUAAAGGUGGUAACGUGAUGUUCUUCUCCUGAUAGGUCAGAAAAUUGUGGGAGAAUUAUAUCUCUCUUUCGAGUCCAUAUUUUUACUUAGGAAAGGAAAUUCGUUAUCUUAAUAAGUUUCAGAUGUGGUGAUUUGUUCAAAUGAUUCCUAGUUACUCUCAGAUAUUUUGCGCAGUAGGCCAGUCUCUUAGUUUGUUUGCAAUUCAUGUAAAAUCUUUACUUUGCAGGAGACACUACCAUGUCUCUUGAUCUGUACCAUUAUUAUUAUCAUAUUAUAAUAAUAUAGUAUAUUAUAUUAUAUUAUAUUAUAGCUUUUAAGCAUACAGUUUGUUACCGUUAUACAAAUACGAUUGAAAUUCGAAUGAAUUUGCUAGAUCCGUAGAAUUUUCGUCUUGACAGAUUCCGUUGGUAUCUCUGAUUAAUCGCACUUUUAUAUAAAACAAUGGAUGUAGCACUCCCGAAACUAUUUUAUAUUACGAUAACAAAAUAUUUUUCAUAUGCGUAAAAAUAUCUUGUUGUCCUAAUAUCUCUGUUAAGUAUUAUUUUUACCACACAAUGCUAAGACAUUGACAAAAAGUGUUCAUGUACAUAACAAUCUGCAAUGCGCGAUGCACGGUGAUAUGCGUUAAAUUCUUGUGAAAUUAUAUUAAGUUUUACACAAGAUGUAAAAUUGAUCUCUAUCAAAUUCAACGAUACAUAACAAGAACUAGUUAAGUACUGUACGACUUUAAUCAGCAAAACUCUUCAGGGCCACGUUUUAAGAUAAUCCGACACAAGAUGUCUUCUCUCUGUAGGAAACUUGCAAUAAGCCACCAAAAAGGAGAACGCAAACGUUUAUUGUUAAGGGAUGAGCAAGAAAAUCAGAAAGACGCAGAGGUUUCUUAAACUUUUUAAAUAUCGCAUAAAACAUAGUUACGCGUUUAUACAUUGGUAUAUUGAUAUAUAGUCUCUCUGAGCUUUUUUUGAUUCUACUUUAUAACGGAUGCCAAUCCAUAUUUCUCUGAUACAUAUAUUUAAUGUAAUAGCCACACGUUUUAUGUAAAUACAUACUAAUAUACUUUAACUUACAUUGUACUGUGUAAUCAGGUGCAAUUUUAAGCAAUUGUAAGAAUACAUUUCUAAUAAUAGUCCAAUUUUGUAAGGCAUUGUAUCGAUAUGAUACGUUAUCGCAGCGCUUUCAAAGCAGGUUGAUUUUAUUCCAUAGGUUCAUGUAUUGGUAUGUAUCGCAACUUUACGUAUGUACGCAUGUAUGAAUGUAUCGUGCAACAUACAAUCAUUGUACAAGCAGGAUAUUCGCUAGAUGAGAUUCGGGGGAUCUCAAGUCGAGUCGUUUUAGUCGCACUUUCUUACGCUUCCCGCGCUUAAAACGAAAAUAGGUAUAUAUCCGAGCUUUGGAGAGAGAAAAAGAGACAGGGGACGAGGUGUAGGGCAAAAGUGCGAUUAAACACGAACACACCUACGAUUAAAUUAAGGACGGUAGUGAUACUAGCAGUAGUCGCAUCACAUUUAGUGGUAAAGCUCUCGUGAUGAAUUGUGCGGAAAAUUGUAUGUACCCCCCACAACACUGUGCGACGUGUUUACAAUAAAUGAAUUUUUUUCAUAUU